AAUGUUUCUCAUUUUCAGUUGAUUUUUCCCCUCUUUCCUCCGUUCUAGGAAAAUAUCAGUCACGAGCGAUUUCAAACCGAUCUUGGAUUUGGAAUCGGUGCUUUCUGGUUUUGUGUUUUCAUCGCUACUUCUGAUUUCUCUGAGAGAACUAGAUAGAUGGAUGAUAGGAAGAGGAUAGGCUACGCGUGGGCAGUAUCCGCCGGAUUUUGUGCUGCUAUGGCGGCCAUUUCUGCAAAGCUCUCCAUUUUGCAGUUUGCUAGGUAUGGGAUGGUUGUAUUAUUCAAUGUGGUGAUGUGGGCUUGUUAUGUCAAUAGUCUUAAGGCUCUAUCAUCUCUGCAAGCAACUGUAACAAACUUUGCUACCAAUUUCAUCUCCUCUGGUUUAGCUGGAUUCUUUUUGUUUCAGGAAGCAGUAUCCUAUAAGUGGGUUGCUGGUGCCUUGCUUAUUGUGAUUGGUGUCGUUAUACUAAGCAAGUCAGUCGCCGAGAAGGUUAGAACUGACUAGAUGUUAUGAUUCAGUGCGGUUAUUCGUUACUCUGACAAGAUGUUUAGCUUCUCAUUGGAAGUCAAUUUUGUAAAACAAUAUGAAAUAUGAGGACAAGUUGGGUGACAUCAUUUACCAGACAGUUUUCCCCUUCAGAAUCAGAUCUUCAGGAUUCUAGUUGCAUGAAGUCCUUCUGUAGAUUGCUGCAUCCUUGCCACUGAACAAGCCCGGGGACAAGAUUGAUUCACGUUGUCUUUUGAACAUCAUUGUGAUUGGAGAAGCCAUCCAUGUGGAUCAUUUAUAGAGGAUGCAGCAUGUUAUAAAAAUAGAAAAUAAGGUACUUCAAAAGAUCUGGGUCGUUUAGCCUCUUAUCAUUGUUUUAAUCUUGUUUACCAAACUUGACUCAUUUGUUGAUUCAAUCUAAACCCAAAAACUCAAGUUCAAUUUGCUUUUCCUAUUUUCACUCAA